AUGCCUCGCUUUAAGUAUAUCACCAAAAAUCGCCACUCUGAGGAUGCUGUGAAAACUUUAAAGAAUAUUCGUCCGAACGAUCUUGGCUGCAACAAAGCUUGCGAAUGCAAGGGUGCAAUUAAUUGCUGUGCCUCGCAUCAUGUUGCACAAAGUUACAAAAGUGGAACAAAACCAAAGGCCAUCCGGAAACUCAACUCGGCAAACUCUAGUUGUGACGUAGUAGUUGAGUGUGGAGAGCAUUGCAAAUGUGAUCCCAUAAUGUGUCGUCAACGAGUGCUGCAGGAAGGGAGACAGAUACCGUUGGUGCUAUUUUGGGAAGGAAGGAAAGGCUGGGGUCUUCGCACAAUUUUCAAAAUUCCAAAGAAUGUUUUUGUCGGUGAAUACGUCGGAGAGGUGAUCACUUUUGCGGAAGCCAAACGCCAAAACAAACACACAAAAUACCAAUUCAGUCUUGCGACGGCAAUCACAAAGCUCGACAACAAAUUCCGACCAGAUUCAUCCAGGAUCAGAUUCAUAAAUCAUUCGUGCAAUCAAAAUUUGCUAGCGAAACUUGUGAUCACGAAUAAAUAUUCCGAACACGAUUUUCGGAUCGGUCUCUACUCCAUGCGUGAUAUUGAGCCGGGCGAGGAACUCACCCUUAACUACUAUCCUACAACCGUUAAGCCAAAGAACUCAAAGAAAGGAAGGACCAAAUGUUGGUGCGAUGAAAAGAAGUGUCGUGGUUGGCUCCCUGCAGCAAGCGAGCAAGACGAU